CAGACAUGAAUUGGGAAGUGUUGGCUGGUGUUUUGUUGGUAUUGUACGUGUCUGUUACUAAUACCAAGGAAAUAAGAGACACAGCCUCUAACAUCCAAAAUGGUUUAUCAUUAGCUAAAGAACUUGGUGACUUUGUUGUGGCCAAAAAGUUCACCAAUGUCAUUGGAAAGCUGGCUACUGCUGUAACCCCUUUUCUUGGGAUCGUUGGACCCUUCGUUUCUUUCAUCAUGGGAUUUUUCGGACAAUCUGAAUCAGCCGAACUGAAAGCCAUUAAACGGUUGUACACGGAAGUUGACAAUCGAUUCGAUAAAGUCGAUUUACAAUUCAUUGAAGUGAAAAGAAUGAUCGAUUGGAGUAAAAUACAAGUACAGUAUUCUGAUAUCGAGCAAAAAAUUAAUGCUGUUAACAAAGCGUUCGAAAAUAUCUACAAAUUUUCCACUGCAGCUGUUAAAACCACGACUUCUGCCUUCGUUUCAAACUACGAGAGUGAUUAUCAAAACAGCGGAUCAAAACUCUACGAUGGCAUUAUGAAUGAAGGGCGGGUGUUUGGAGAUGGUCUGUUUACUGCUGUUGUCAAAUAUAGCGAGUACGACAGAGUAAAAAGUCAAACCUUUAUGCUGGGACUUCUUCAAUUGUUGAUGAAAGCAGCAAAGUUAGAACUGACUUACCAUCAACUGAAAGGCCACAAGGCAGCUCUACAUGAUUACCAAAACCAAUGGAGAACUCGAUUUACCCAUAUCAGAAUCAAAAUGAUGUCUACAGAUAGCUCUAUUGUUAGUCAGUAUCACACUCAAUCUGGAAAAGAUAUUGACAAUUAUCUAAUAAAGCAUCAGAAAAAUACAAUGAACAAUAAUGACUUCAACAAUGCGCUGUAUGCUUUCCUGUCUAAGAAAUACUUUUGGCGAGAUUGGUUCACUGUUACAUACAAUGAUAUAACUGGUAGUAAUGUACAUUAUGUUGGAGAGUGUGGUGGUCACAUCAAAUUUAGAAACCAUGGUAGAAACGUGGUGGUCGCAAGUGUUGACAGUCGUAAAGGACACAUCAACAUGGGUCAAGCUCUAAGCAUUGUCAAUAAUGUAGAUACAUGUAAUAUUAUAUACGGCAGGGCUCACAACUCCCAUAGACGAAUAGAUUGCGACAAAGCCUAUAACAAUUUCCCAGCGUCAGUUAGAGACCAUUGCGAUCCAUAUGCCGCCCAAGGAGUCAUUGCUUAUAAAAAGCAUAAUGACUAUGACGCUCAUUUCAAAGCUGCUCCUCGACGAAUGUAUUUGAGAAGCAGAGAAGAUUGUAACCAUGUUUAUAUCUUUGGUUGA